UUUAUCAGAUUAAAACUGUAGGUCGAAAGUGUGCUGAUUGUGUGGCUGCGGAAGCGUGACACCCGAAGAUACAAGAAAACGAGAAUAGUUCGCGAGAAUGGCAGCGAUUAGUUUAUUGAAUCCGAAGGCCGAAUUUGCCCGGGCGGCGCAGGCUUUGGCGGUGAACAUUUCCGCCGCGAAGGGUAUUCAGGAUGUGAUGAGGACCAAUUUGGGGCCCAAAGGAACCAUGAAAAUGCUGGUUUCUGGAGCUGGAGAUAUAAAAAUCACUAAGGAUGGUAAUGUGCUUCUUCAUGAAAUGCAAAUUCAACACCCUACGGCAUCUCUGAUAGCAAGAGCAUCUACCGCUCAGGAUGAUAUGACUGGCGAUGGUACAACCAGUACUGUACUGGUCAUUGGUGAACUUCUGAAACAAGCUGAUUUAUAUAUAGCAGAAGGACUGCAUCCCAGAAUGCUCACAGAUGGUUUUGACUUAGCUCGUGCUAAGGCAUUAGAAAUCUUAGACUCAAUGAAAAUUGCAAUUGAGUGUAAUAAGCAGAGCUUAUUAGAUAUUGUGAGAACUUCACUUAGAACAAAAGUUCACCAUACAGUGGCUGAUAAAUUAACUGAGAUCUGCGUGGAUGCUGUACUAGCUAUUAAGCAGCAGGACAAAGAAAUCGAUUUGCACAUGAUUGAAUUGAUGGAAAUGCAACAUAGAACAGCGGAUGAUACUACUCUGAUUCGUGGCAUAGUUACUGAUCAUGGAUCCAGACAUCCAGAUAUGCCGAAAAGACUAGAGAAUGCAUAUAUUUUGACCUGUAAUGUAAGCCUGGAAUAUGAGAAAAGUGAGGUAAAUAGUGGAUUCUUUUACAAAUCGGCAGAAGAACGCGAAAAAUUAGUGGCUGCUGAACGCGUGUUCAUCGAUAAUCGUGUGAAAAAGAUUAUCGAAUUGAAGAAGAAGUUGUGUGAUGGAACGGAUAAAUCAUUUGUCGUGAUAAAUCAAAAAGGAAUCGAUCCAUCAUCUCUUGAUAUGCUCGCGAAAGAGAAUAUUAUGGCUUUACGCAGAGCCAAGCGUAGAAACAUGGAACGUCUAGCACUCGCAUGUGGUGGCAUAGCUAUGAAUUCUGUGGAAGAUCUGAAAGAAGAGCAUCUGGGAUGGGCCGGUCUUGUGUAUGAACAUGUUUUGGGAGAAACUAAAUAUACUUUUAUAGAAGAUUGCAAAAAACCAAAUUCUGUAACUAUUUUAUUGAAGGGACCUAAUAAAUUUACAUUGGAACAACUCAAAGAUGCCGUACGUGACGGACUUAGGGCAAUAAAAAACGCUAUCAAUGAUCGUGCGAUUGUUCCCGGAGCUGGAGCCUUUGAGGUUGCAGUUAGUCAAGCUCUUCAACAGUACAAGGAGCAAGUGAAAGGAAAGCAACGUUUGGGAGUACAGGCCUACGCCGAGGCUUUACUCGUCAUUCCGAAAACUCUUGCCGUUAAUAGUGGAUUUGAUCCGCAAGACACAAUCGUUAAGUUAUUUGAGGAAAGUUCUGCUUUAAAAGAACCAGUAGGAUUGGAUCUGUCUACAGGGGAAGCUUUAAAACCCGCAGAUGCUGGCGUUUAUGACAAUUAUAAUGUAAAAAAACAAAUCAUCAAUUCUUGCACGAUAAUCGCCAGUAAUCUCCUUCUGGUUGAUGAAAUAAUGAGAGCAGGAUUAUCUUCUCUGAAGAGUUAAAUUAUAAUAUAAUUCUUAUGGAAUUAAAAGUUUAAUGACCACUAAUAGUUUUUUUAC